UUAUUGAUAUCGGCGGGGGAUAAAACGCAACAGCUGUUUAUUUCACCCACGACUCACAUUGAAAUUCUUUGUGAAAUACAAAUUUCAACUUUCGAACUGUGUUGUGAAAUAAAUUCCAGGCCGGACGCAUAUCCAAGUAUAUGGCACAAAUACUCAGUUUAUGUGGGAAAGUGUGACACGAAACAAUGCUUUCGCGGACAAAAACUAAAACAGUAACUGCAACCAAUGUGGUUGUAGACACAGUUGAGACUUAUAUUAUAAAUCAAAAUCUGUUGGGAGUAAUAGCCGAGCUUGAUGAUGUUCUCUGCAAUCUGGUUAAUAUGCACAAAGAUAAUGAGUUGGCCUUGAAAAGAGUGCUGCAGUGCAUUUAUCGAUUGCUGCAUAAUAACGACAAGUGGAAUGUAAAGUUUGGCGCCAAAGUGUUCCACAAACUCAUUGCACUUGUGAUUGAAAGAGAAGGCAUCCAGAGCCGCCAAUUGGUGGCCAACGUCCUCGUCUGUGUUAAACUGCAGGCGCAAAAAUUUCCCAAGCGAGAUGGCAAGUUUCUGUUGGAUCAGCUUUGGGUGCUUAGCUCGAGCAGUGAACAACAGCCACAUGCUGCGCAAAUACUUGUGCAGUUAUUCGACGACUUUGUGAGGGAAAUCGGAUUGAAAUUCGCAUGCUCAGCUCAGCUGCACACAGUUGUUAAACAACUGCUGCAUUCAAAAGAAAGAGAGGAGCGUCGAUCAGCAUAUUUUAUAAUGCGCAAGCUGGUGUUAGUUAUUGGUGAUGAAGCCAAUCAAGUUUAUCAGCUUGUGCAACAGACACUUCAGCAAUGGGCUUGGCAUGAUCACAUAGAGUACCAGCGAAAUUGGAGCGACUAUGUGACCAUCAUGGAAAAUUUGGAGGAGCAGCAAUCGCACCUAGUCCUCCCCACACUAAGUACUCUACUACCGCGUAUUGUCUGCUCAAAUCAAAGCGAUGACUGGAUUGGCUGGCUGCGCAUUCUUUAUGUGAAAUUAUUGCGGGACAACAAUAACAUCUUAGUGCUGCGUUGGACCAUCGAGUACUUCCUGGCACAUGUCACGGUCGACGACCUGAACCGCGCCAAUGUCCUCAACGAGUUUCUUGCAGCCACAAACAAUACUCAGCUAUACAAUGUAGAGGGAUAUUUUCUGCCAGAAAUCAAAACAGAGCGAUUUCUGGCCAAUAGUAAUAGUUUGAUAUUAUUGAAAGCUCUAUGCGCUGUGCCAUGGCGGGCCGUGCCACUUAUUAAUUGGCUGCGCACUUUGAAAAAAAUCGAAGCGCCACAAAUUGAUAUGGAACUACUCGAAGGGCUUUCUAGACGAGUGUUCUAUUUACAGAAUCCUGAACUUCGACACUAUGCAAUUAAACUUUUGUCUAACAACUUUUCGGACUUUAUCGAGAAACUUUCCAUCAUGGAUUACCUGUGGUUUAUUGAGUCUCUGCAUAAUGUCAGUGAUGCAGAUCAUUGUGACAUGGGUGACCGCGUAGCAUCUGAAGAUUUCGUAGAAUUAAUGAGCGCUUACGGCAUGCGCUUCUUUUUUGUGAUUAUGAAAAAUGUAGUCAUUAAUGAGAAUCUGCUGAAGCAGUUAAGUAAAUUAUCCAAAGAGCGACAUGCCGUGUGGCGUCUAAUUGUUGGUUUCAAUUGGAUGGAUUUGGAAAAAGAUGUGAAGAUUGCAUGCCUGGACUUCGUGCAAAAUACGUACGGCUUAAGUUUACAUCCUGAAGUGCUGCAGAAAUUCACAAAUAUCAAAGCACUGCAGCAACAUUUAAGGGGCCCUUUGAAGUGUGAAUCCUAUUCGGAAUACUUGUAUUUCGAAGCGAGGAGCGUCGACUUGUUUGUUCACGUAAACAUUCAUACGUGGAGUGAUAUUAACAAGCUUAAGCUAAAUCCAUUAAAACUAUUGGACAUGGGCACUGAAGCGACCUUUGAAAAGUUAGCAAAGCUAUUGGGAAAAAAUACGGAACGAUUGGAAAACCCAGAUUUGUUACCCACAUUUCUUGCAUUUUUAAAAAAGUAUCUUAAAAAAAUACAUUUAUAUUCUACUAUUGAAGGACUCUUAAGUUAUGGAAAUGCACAUCUCAGCAUCAAAGCAAAUGAGCAACUGGUUUUGGAUAUACUAACGAUAGACCUAAGUAAUUAUAAUCUGGUCAAAUAUACCUUGACAUUUGCCAAGCAUAUACCAACUGAGUGUUACAUACAGGGAAUGCUCCAUGGAGACGCAACAACGGGAGAUGCGCGCUAUGAGGCUGCGUAUAAGAACACUUUAUUUGAAAACUCGUAUGAAGGAGCCUCAGCAAGAGGGGCAUUUAGUAGCAUGGUACUAAACAUUAAAAAAAUGAUUGAAAUCACCGAUAAAUUAUUGACGAUCAACAAUGAGCUGACGGAUAAGAAACCUCGUUACUAUGAGAAUUCCAAGCAACAUCGGAUAAAAAUGCGUAUUGCUCGAAGUAUAUUAAAAAUAACCGCAAAUAGAAGAUACUGGUCGGAACAUUUAUGGGCUGCCAUGUUGGCCCUAAAUGAGCAACUAAAUGUUAGUUUCAUGUACGAAUAUUCAGUUGCUCUCCAAUUGCCUAGUCUUGAGUUUCUAGUGGAACGUCUCCAAACAUUUUCCACCUAUAAGCCCAGCCAGCAAGUUUCCCUUAUUUCUGUCCUGCACAUUUACUCCAUGCUUAACUGGCGGAAUCUCACUUUGGCUGAGCAGGAGAGUGUUUUUCUUCUCCUAUUGCCCCAUACAAUGGGAGCAAAUUUUCAGACACGUCUAUUAGCACAACUAGUCAUACAUGCUCUGGCAAUCGAAUGUGAAAGAUUCAGCGUUAAUUUGCCUUUAGCAGCUCAAUUAAAGACCAGUAUAGUAAAAACCCUAGGAAACAAAUUGGAUCAUCAUUUAGGUGAAGCUCGCCUCAUACUUCCCCAAUUAUUCGUUGCCAAUAAAUAUCGAGUGGACGAUCUCAUUUUGCACAUGACAAACGCGCCAUUUGAUGAGUAUGAGAAAGAUUUUACAGGUCUUGAUUCCAGUGAGGAUACAAAAGAGCUGCUAAUAAAAAUAAAUGAGAUACGAAAAACAUUUGAAGUCAAGGCGAGACUGGGAACUGCCAACCCAGUGGUAACAUCAAAUACUACGGCGAACAAUGCAAAUGUGCAGAGAAAAAUGAAUCCAAUAAACGAUAUAUUUCCUGAGAAUAAUCUCAAGACCGCCACCAAUGCCUCCAGUGAUGAGAAAGAGCUCCUGGUUGUGGCAUCUCUGAUUGACAAGCUGCCAAACUUGGGCGGCUUAGCGCGCACUUGUGAAGUGUUAGGCGUCAAGACUUUGGUUAUGGACUCAAAGGCAAACGUAGAGAAGAGCGACUUUAAAAACUUAAGCAUGACGGCUGAGAAGUCUCUAAACAUUGUCGAAGUAAAGCCUUCAGCACUCACAGAUUUUUUACUUGAGAAGCAACAGGCUGGGUAUAAAAUAGUUGGUGCCGAACAAACCUCGCAAAGUGUAAGCUUUGUUAAUUUCAAAUUUCCCAAGAAGACUGUUUUGUUGUUGGGCCAUGAAAAACAUGGUAUACCUGUAGACUUAAUUGGCUUCUUGGAUCAUGCUGUCGAAAUCCCGCAAUUCGGAAUUGUGCGCUCCCUAAAUGUGCACGUAACAGGCUCACUUUUUAUAUGGGAAUACUGCAACCAACAUAUCGUGUAACAAAACUUCGCAUUUCAUUUACAAAUCCAGUAAGGAAAUGCUGCUAUGAAGGAAUUAGUAUAUCGCAAUUUAAGCUUAUUUACAAAAUAUGUGCAAUUUGAUUUAGAAUUAUGUAUAUUUUUUUAAAUAAGUCGGAGAGUUGCUGACGCCAUAAAGUUUAUAUGUAUAUUGGACGUCAUUUCUUAUAUUAAACUCUUAAAUAAAAUGUUA